CUCACAUUGACUUUUCGCUAUCUGCCUUAAGGGACAAAAAUCUCUCACAAAUAGACUUGUAUGCUAGUACUUUGAAUUCGUUCUUUCCACCCAAAUUAACCAUGGCUGAUGACGAUGAUAAACCCAAGAAGCAUACCCUGGACACGCUAUUUAUAGUGUACUGCAACUAUAAGGUUAUUUCAACGGAGCUGGAGAACGAGGAGUUUGACUGCAUUCUUCUCUCGCAAAUCGAUGCCUGGAUAGAGCAGGCCAAGCUAAUGCCUAAUCCCAUAACUCGAACACAAACUGGUCUCCUCUACAUGCGCUAUAAGAAGUGGCGGUUGGAAUUCGAGGACUUUGUUGAGCUGCUUACGCAAUUGGCCUCCGAAAACGACCUGGUCUUUGACGAGUUCAAGCAGCUCCUAAUCGAAGCUGGUCCUCCGACCGGUGCCACCGAUAUCGUCAUGGUCAAGUAGUUGUAA